AUAAGAACCAAGGCAGUUCAGCCAUGGGAUCAGUCAGGGUUGUGAAGGAAUCCUAGAAAAGAUUCCCAGUUGUGCACCCACCUUUCAGACAAUGGAACCCCCUGCUGUGCUCUCCAUUGCACUCGCCUAUCAGACAAUGGAACCCCCUGCUGUGCCCUUCAUUGCACCCACCUUUCAGACAAUGGAACACCCUGCUGUGCUCUCCAUUGCACCCACCUUUCAGACAAUGGAACCCCCUGCUGUGCUCUCCAUUGCACCCACCUUUCAGGCAAUGGAACCCCCUGCUGUGCUCUCCAUUGCACCCGCCUAUCAGACAAUAGAACCCCCUGCUGUGCCCUUCAUUGCACCCGCCUGUCCGACAAUGGAACCCCCUGCUGUGCCCUUCAUCGCACCCGCCUGUCCAACAAUGGAAGCUCCUCCUAUGUCCUCCUUUGGAGCAAAUGAAGAUCACAAUAUUUUGGAAGAAAGGGAUCAUUCAAGGCAAAAGGAGUUGCUGGCAACCAUGUCAGUGAAGCUGAGGUUCAGUUCUCCCAGCGACGGCCUCGGAGGAGUCGGCAGGAGCAGGUCCUUCGCUGGCUUCAGCACGUUACAAGUCCGAAAGACCUCACAGUCCCUCCGCAGAAGUUCGGUGAGGUCCAAAGUAUUGGCAAAAUCCGACAAGCUCUACCCCUCUCUGCGCAAAGGUUCAAUCCCACUGGACCCCCAUCCACACCAAGUCAAGAAGAUAUUUGAGGCUCUAAGGAAAGGCCUUAAUGAGUACCUCGAGGAACAUCAAACACAGCUGGAUUUCCUGGCCGGCCAACAGAAAGACAUUAAGAGAAACUCGAGGCUGGCCUAUUUCUAUGACCUGGACAAGGAGAUUCGCUUAAUUGAGCGGCACAUCCGAAAGCUGGAAUUUCACAUUAGCAAGAUUGAAGAACUGUAUGAAACAUACUGCAUACAAUGGAGGCUGCGGGUCGGUGCCUGUAACAUGAAACACGCUUUCUCCUUAUCUCCGUCCACCAAAGCAUCCAGGGAAAGUCUCUUAGAGCUCUACAAGAACUUCCAAGAGUGCACCGAGGACAUGUGUACGAUCGAAGGGGAGCUUGAAGUCCAUUUGGGAGAGUUCCUCAUAAAAAUGAAAGGUUUGGUGGGCUACGCGCGGCUCUGCCCUGGAGACCAUUACGAGGUAUUAAUAAAGUUAGGGCGGCAGAGGUGGAGGUUAAAAGGAAAGAUUGAAACAGACGACAGCCAGAUGUGGGAUGAAGAAGAGAGGAUGUUUAUCCCCAACCUCUGCGAAAACUUUGAAAUCAAGGUCGUAGAGCUCCGUGGCCUUACAACCAUCGUGGUGGGGUUGGUGACGUGUCACAGUGCCGAUUUUUUCACCACCAGACCAAGAAUCAUCAUCGUUGACAUUACAGAACUGGGGACAAUAAAGCUGCAGCUGGAAGUUAUCUGGAACCCUUUUAAUACCAGCAAACUUCUCUCAACACCUGGAACAACCACCAAGUUCUCCACAAGCGGCCGCAAAGCCUCGUUGUAUCACUGGACCCCACCCAACACCCCCAGCUUCAGAGAGAAAUUCUAUCUGCAAAAUGACCUGGACAGCACAUUCUCCUCCCUAGACAAGGACAUCCAGACCCCGUACAUACUAAGUUAUCUUGCCAACAGCACUUUGGUUCCUCGGAGACGACAUGCAGAACGGAGUCACCAGGUGACCAACAUGGACAAUCUGAGGAGCACAGAGGACAAAUCAGAUGUAAAAACCAACACAAGUACAGUGUCUUCUCGUGAGGAUGUUCCGCCAUAUUUAUCUUCCCAGGAACUGUUCAGGGAAGAGAGUUUGCUGCCACCUUCCAGCCACACCACGUUGGAUAUCCUGAAGGAAACCCCAGGGAGCUACAGGGCUCUCCACACCCUGAAGCCUACGGAGCUGGACUUUGACACCAGCAGAGAAUCCAUAGGGGACAGCCUGAACAGCAUUUCUUUUCAAGAAGAGACGAUGGAUUCCAGGGCAGAACGAAUACAUUGCAACAGGAAUCUGAGGGGUUCCAUUGGGCAUCAGCUGGAGGAGGUUCUAGAGCUGCUCAAGUUGGAAAAAGUAACGUGGAUGAAAGUAAAGGAAAUUGAACAGCCCAUCUUGCACUUCAGGGAACAGGUUAAGCAGGAUAAAGAUGCCAGCCAGCAGAACUUUCCCAUGGACAGAUUGCUGGUAGAGACGGCUUUGGAAAGUUUCGACUUCUUAAACACGGACUUCCAUGCUGAUGAGAUGUCGCUGUUUGGCAGCGUUCGGACUCACAGCAAGAGCAUUGGAACUAUACAAGAGAGAGCACUGACAUCCAUAGGGUGCAACACCAAUUCCACCCCAAGUGAGGCAAGCACUGGAAAUGAGGAUCUGGACUUGAUUCUCUCACUGCAUCUGCGAGUCUGCAAAGCACUAUUAAAGAAACUGACGUGGCCCAAUACAGCCAGAAUCUUACAGAACCACCUGCUGGAGGAGUUGUGCUGGCAGAAGGAGGUGUUGGACUACCUUUCCCUUAUCUUUAUCCAAAAGGCUGGCGACAACGUUUCCACUGAUGAGGUCAUUCCAAAGGCCAAGAAGAUCAGGCAUUUCCUAAAGCUAUGGAAGAGCUGCACAAGUCCGGACUGCCCCUGGUUCUGCGCAUCUGAAACCUUCCUCAGCGCCGUCAAGAAAAUGUUUGCGGGCAGGAUCAAACGGAAAUAUCCAGGGCAGCUGGAAACAGUAUGCAGAAGAGUUCUGGAGCAGAUGUUUACCUUUGGGGGCGUAUUUCCAGCGAAUGAGUUAUCGGACGGUGUGGUUUCCAUUUUCCUGGUGUAUGGGUAUCUGAGAAGACAUCAAGUGUUAGACCUUGAGAAAUACAUUGCUGCCCUUACCAGAGAAGUGACUCUUAUUGAAGACCUUCAGUUACCUGGAAGACUAAAGAAGAUAAAAAAAUUAAAGGCCAAGCAAAUCUAUCGGCUUCAGCCACUGCCACAGCUUCUCAGAAUCCUAGCCAAUUUCCAACUCGACGAAAACAAGAAGUUGUCCAAAGCCUCAGCAAACUUCCUUUCCAGGGCUUCCACCAACAAGCAAUUCAAACACAAGGCAGUUCUGUAUUAUACAGAGGUUUUAUCUGGUGAUGAUACAACGCUCCAGCGAUCGGCCUGCUUGGCCCUGAAGCAUCUAAAAGGGACGGCGAGUAUCGACCAGAUCGCUUGUUUGUGUCAGUCUGAAGUGGAGGAAGUGAGGAACAUCGCCAGAGACACCAUCUUAUCCUUCGGUAUGAAAGGAUGUCAGGCUUUUGGAAAGACUGACAAGAUGUGCCGGGAACUGCAGGACACCCUGACACUGGACGGCGAGAUAGAAAUUACAGUAUUUUGAAGUUGCAAAAGAAAGGGGGAGGGGGGAUUAAAGGUCUAAAUUUUCUUUGUCUGUUCCCAAAAUGUGUAUAAAAUUUAAAAAUGUAUAUUUAGGUUUCCUUCAGUUGCACAUAAAUGGGCAUUCUCACUGCUAACCCCCCCCCCCCAAUCAUUCUAUCUGGCUGCUGCCAGGAAAGUACAGCAGGGGGCGCUACUGUUACACACAUUUAUGAUAUAGCGGUGUAGAACUGCUAAUAUCACAAAGAGAUAAAACAAUGUAAAAAAACUCAGAAUACCUUGAUGGUGGGUCCAUAUCCCCUUUCAUGACAAUAUGAGACUUUCCUGGUUCCCCUACAAAGUUAUUUUUUGGGUUGGGGAAUUUAUCUUUUCCAUUACACGUGGAAUAUACCAAGUAUCAGCUGCACAGGGGGAGUCAUACUUGAGCACUUCCCGCAGUCUGCUAGGAAAAAGUAAUUUUUUUUUGUUAAAUCACAUUAUUUCCUUAAAUGUUUAAUUUGUAUUGUAAAAUUUCUGUUCCUUCAAAGAAACGAAGGUGUUUGGAAAGUUGAAAGUGUUGGAAAUUAGUGAAGGUUUAAGUUUCAGUUGGUUGCCCUUUAAUAGGCGGGGCAUGUAAAAGGAGAGUGUAUUAUGGUUCAUCUAUGGAAUAACUUUAGCAUGUAGCAGAUUGAAAUGACCCACUCAGUGUUGCAGUUGGUCUUUAUUUAGGUCCAGCCACACCUGGAGCUGCAGAAUAAAGUUGUUUAAUACCCAUACAGAAAGUUUGAAAAGCAAUAGCAAGUUGCCUAGGAAUGUCACUGCCCCUACCAAAGGUCCAUUUCAAGGGGAAGUAAAGCAUUACGUUAAAGAUUAAUAGUGUCCCUUUCAGUGAAUGCAACGUGGAUUUGGCACUGACAUCAUCUAAUAGCAAAUGUGACUCUAAGCGGAAGAGCCCCCAGCUGCCACCCAUAAUGUACAUGUUAUAUAUAUUUGUUAAUAAGAAAUGUGCACAAAUGCUUUCCUUUCUGUAUAUUGUAAGUUCAUAAACAAUAAACUUUUGUGACUUUAUGGCACCAAUAUG